AUGCCAGAAGCCAAAACUUGCGGGAGAGUUGAAGGCACACUUUGUGAAGACAGGUUUAGUGAGUUGCCGGAAGAUUUGAUCGUAAGGAUAUUGGGUCUUCUCCCGACAAAAGACGCCGUGGUCACCACGUUUUUGUCGAAACGAUGGCGCUAUGUUUGGACAAAGGUUUUUCAACUUAAGUUCAAAGACAGCGAUCUUGACAGCGUUGAUGAUAAUCUUGGCAGCGAUGAUGAUGAUGAUGAUGAUGAUGACGACUACUAUGAUGAUGACGACGAGGAGGAUGAGGAUGAGGAGGAGGAUGAGGAUGAGGAAGUUUACAAUGAGCUAGAGAGCGAGGACGAAAGCAAAAAGAGCGUUUGGAUGUUUCUUGACAAAACAUUGCAACUCCAUAAUGCACCUGUACUACACAAAUUGAGUAUGAAACUUGGUCGAAGGUGUCCUACUGAUGUUGACGUCGGUAAGUGGGUUGCAAACGCUAUUGAACGCGGUGUGCGUGACCUAAAAUUCAAGCUCCUGUGGUCCGCAGCUCCAAUCACCUUGACCAAGACCCUUUACUCUUGCAAAUCUCUCGAGUCACUAACUCUCUCCCACAAGAUUCUUGUGGAUGUGCCUUUUACCGCCUGCCUCCCAUCCCUUGAAGAACUACACCUAAACUGUGUGGUGUAUAAAGACGAGGAUUCUCACGUUAGGUUCUUAUCAGCAUGCCCUGUUCUCAAAAUUCUUGAAGUGACACGGAAAAAGGAUGACAAUGUGAAAAGGUUCAAUGUGAACGCUCCUUCUCUAUUGUCCUUAACCUAUGACAAUAAUUAUAUCGACAAUGAUGUCGAAGAUACUGGUGGGUGCUUGAUUAUUAAUACUCCUUCGUUAGAGAAGUUAAUCAUCGUUGAUAGUUCGAGAGACUAUUGCUCGACCGAGGAUAUACCUUGUCUUAAGGAUGCAUAUAUCGAUAUUACAUCUUACCCCGAUGACAAACUUUUGAAGUCUCUUUCUUCGGUCUCGUCUCUUGAGUUGAAUUUGACGGAUGAAAUGCUUCGGUGUUUUAGCACCAUCCACUACACUCGACUAGAGACCUUAAAAAUAAUUCCAGUACGAAAAUCAGAUUGGUUGGAACCACUUAUGCUUCUACUUGGAAACACUUCCAAACUAAAAUCUCUCAUGGUUAAUUACGAAACUACAUUUAAACCCGAGCGUCUCCCACUUUCGUGGAACAAACCGACUUCUGUUCCCGGAUGCUUGUCAUCAGAGCUCGAAAUCUUUGAGUAUAGAGAAUAUGGAGGAAGAGUAGAAGAGGAACAAUUCUUGAAGUACAUCUUAUCCAGCUCUAAGUGUUUAAAGACCGUGAAAAUCUCGCUGAGACCCAAGCUUGAAGAGCAACAUAUGAUGAUGGAGAAGAAGUUGAAAGACAUUCAUAGGGCUUCAUCUACAUCGUCUCAGCUUAGCUUUUUUUUCAAGUGA